AUGUACAGAAAUCACUCUCUUCCUGACAACCCAUUGGCCCAGCUGCACAAGGUCAUUACAGUGAGGAGGACAUCAUCUGGAGAAGCCUCGAUGAGAAGAUUCCUCCAAGUCCUCCUGUUCCUCUGCUCCCUGGGGGAGGAAAACACGGCCCCGGCCUGCAGGCUCCAAAGCUGGGACAUGGAGUCAUUCUCCCAACCCGGGGAUGUUCUUAUUGGGGGAGUGUUUGUCAUCCACUCUGGCUUUCAACUCCAAAGGCCAACUUUCCAGGAGAUGCCCCAGCCAGCUUCAUGCAAGGACUUUCAGAUCCGAUAUUACCGGGAUGUUCUGGGCCUGAUGUUUGCUAUUGAUGAAAUUAAUGCUUCUGCUGAUCUCCUACCCAACAUCACCUUGGGCUUUAGGCUGUUUGACUCUUGCAAUGAGCAGGAGGGGGAAACGAGUGGGCCCUUGGGCACGAUCACCCAGGGGCCCCAUAGGCAGCAGCAGGUGCACAUUGAACACAUGCCUAAUGCCGCAGCUACUUCCUGGAUCCCCCCACACACACACAAGCCCUCCUUACCGGAUCCAGCACCAGGAUGGACUCCUGAUCGUCGUGGGACCCUCCUGCCUCUUCUUCAAUGGACUUCAGCCAGAUAUCAUAAGGAGCCUAUCAGCCACGGAUCAACCCUCUCAGCUCUGAGCAACAAGAUGAACUUUCCCUCGUUCCUCCGCACUGUGCCCAGUAACAUGUUCCAGAACGUGGCUCUCACCCGCCUCAUAGGCCUCCUUGGCUGGACCUACGUAGGGAUGUUGGUUGUGGACAAUGAUGUUGGGGAGCAAGGGGGGCAGAUUAUUCAGGCUGGGAUAGAGAAGUCUGGCAGUUGUGUAGCAUUUCUGGAGAAGAUCCACUUGAGCUACUCCAUGGCUCAGAUACAAAGGGUGGUGAACGUUAUCAAGAGGAGCUCGGUCAAUGUAAUUGUUCUUCACAGCCCUGAGAUCCAUGUAAAGGUUCUACUGGAUUCAUUGUAUGAUGAAGGGCUGACACACAAAAUCUUCAUUUGCUCAGCUUCCUUCGCUCUCAGACUGGGUAUUUUGUCCAGAAAGGCAUGGAAAGUCUUAAAUGGGACGAUUGGAUUGAUUCCUAAUACAGGUGCCAUGCCAGGCUUUGAGCAGUUCCUCAGUUCACUCCACCCAUCGAGAUCCAAUAAAUACCCCUUGAUAAGGACACUCUGGGAGAAAGCUUUCAGCUGCCGAUGGUCGAGGGGAGAGACCCAGGAGAACCAGACAAACCUGACAGGGUUACUAGCACUUUGCACGGGGGAGGAAGACCUGAGAGGGUUGAUCCCUUGGUUAUUUGAGAUGAAUGACCUCAGUUACACGUAUCAUGCCUACCUGGCGGUAUAUGCUUACGCCCAAGCUCUGCACUCACUGCUCAUGUGCCAGGCUCCCACUGACAAUUCCCCCUACAGAAUGUGUGCCAAUGUCAGGGACACGCAACCAUGGCAGGUCCUCAACUAUGUGAAGAAAACCCAUUUCAGCACUAACACAGGGGACCCAAUAUCAUUUAAUGCUGAUGGCGAUAUCCCAGGGGUCUACUAUAUUGUGAAUGUGCAGACUGUGAAUGGCAGUUUUAAUCUGGUGAAAGUGGGGAAGUUUGACCCUGAAGCCAGAAAUGGCAACACGGUCCUUCUUGAUAUCAGAUCCAUAAUGUGGAACGAGGGAUUUACCCAGGUGCCCCCAUCCAUGUGCAGCAGUAGUUGCCACCCAGGUUCCUGGAAAGCCACCCGGAGAGGUCAGCCCAUCUGUUGCUAUGACUGCAUCCCGUGCUCUUUGGGCGAGAUAACCAACACUACAGAUGCAGCCGAAUGUUUUAGAUGCCCCACUGAGCAGUGGUCCAAUGAAGAGCAGAGCAUGUGUAUUCCGAAAGUGAUAGAAUUCCUCUCAUAUCAGGAGCCAUUGGGAAUCUUCCUCACUAUCACAGUCAUCCUCUUCUUCCUCAUAACUCUCUGCAUUCUUUUCAUCUUCAUUAAAUACCAGAGAACCCCAAUAAUCAAGGCCACAAACAGGGAACUGAGUUUCAUCCUUCUGGUGUCCCUCACCCUGUGCUUCCUCUGCUGCCUCAUCUUCAUUGGUUCCCCUUCCCCAAUUACUUGCCCCCUACGACAGACCCUCUUCAUUGUGGUCUUCUCUAUCAGCAUCUCAUCUGUCCUGGCUAAGACCAUCAUGGUGAUUCUGGCAUUCAAAGCCACCAAAGUGGACAGUCCCCUGAGGAAAUGGUUGGGAGCAAAGAUCCCUCGUACGGUGGUGGCACUUUGCACCAUGAUACAGGUUGGCAUUUGUAUCGUUUGGCUUCUUCUCUCUCCACCUUUCCCACAACUGAACCCAGAGAUUGAAAGGCACAAACUGAUAUUUGAAUGUCACGAGGGGCAAAGCCUUUUCUUUUAUGUCACUUUGGGGUUCAUGGGCUUCCUGGCAAUGGUCAGUUUCUUUGCUGCUUUCCUGGCACGGAACCUGCCCGGGAGCUACAAUGAGGCCAAACUCAUCACCUUCAGCAUGUUGGUCUUCUGCAGCGUCUGGGUCUCCUUCAUCCCGGCCCAUCUGAGCACCAAGGGCAAAUAUACUGUAUCCGUACAGAUAUUCGCCAUAUUGGCCUCCAGCGCGGGGCUCCUGGCCUGUAUAUUUGUUCCCAAGUGCUAUAUUAUACUGCUCAGGCCCGACAGGAACAGCCGGCACCAGUUAACUAGCAGGAAAGUAAAUAGGUGGCUUGCCUAA